UGGGGGGGGCCCGGGGUCAGAGGUCCACCCGGGGUUGCGGGGGUCAGGAGGCGGGGCCAGGCAUGGGGCUUCCCGGCCUGCGGGCGGCCGCGGGGGCGCUGAGGAGACUCUGCGGAGCCUGGACGCCGCGCGCCGGACGGCGCCCUCUCUGCUCGUCCCCCAUGGCCGGGGAGGCGGCAGGCCCGGUGCCUGUGGACGCCCCGGCGGAGCCCGAGCGCGAGACCCGCGGCCGGCCCGUGGGUGCCCGCCUCUGGGAGGACGCAGGGCCGCAGGCCAAGAAGCCUCGGGGAGACCAGGAGGCCCCCAGGCCGCCCAAGCGCAAGAUCGUGCUGCUCUUGGCCUACUCGGGGAAGGGCUACCACGGCAUGCAGAGGAACACGGGGGCCUCACAGUUCAAGACCAUCGAGGACGACUUGGUGUCCGCCCUGGUGCGCUCGGGCUGCAUCCCUGAGAGUCACGGCGAGGACAUGAAGAAGAUGUCUUUCCAGCGCUGCGCUCGCACAGACAAGGGGGUGUCUGCAGCCGGCCAGGUCGUGUCCCUGAAGGUGUGGCUGGUCGAUGACCUCUUGGAGAAGAUCAACAGUCACCUGCCCUCUCACAUUCGGAUCCUGGGACUUAAGCGGGUGACUGGUGGGUUCAACUCCAAGAAGAAGUGUGACGCCAGGACCUACUUCUACAUGCUGCCCACCUUUGCCUUUGCCCACAAGGACCUGGAUGUGCAGGAUGAGACUUACCGGCUCAGCAUGGAGACCCUGCAGCGUGUGAACCGGCUGCUGGCCUGCUACAAGGGCACCCAUAACUUCCACAACUACACGUCCCAGAAGGGGCCCCUGGAGCCCAGCGCACGGCGCUACAUCCUGGACGCAUUCUGUGAGCAGCCCUUUGAGCGGGAGGGCUUGGAGUUCGCGGUGAUCAAGGUGAAGGGGCAGAGCUUCAUGACACACCAGAUCCGCAAGAUGGUGGGGCUGCUGCUGGCCAUUGUCAAGGGCUACGCACCCGAGAGUGUGCUGGAGCGUAGCUGGGGCCCUGCUAAGCUGGACGUGCCCAAGGCGCCGGGGCUAGGCCUGGUGUUGGAGCGCGUGCACUUUGAGAAGUACAACCAGCGCUAUGGCCACGAUGGGCUGCACGAGCCACUGGACUGGGCGCAUGAGGCAGCAGGCGCAGCCGCCUUCACAGAGCAGCACAUCUUCCCCACUAUCGUGCGCACCGAGCGGCAGGAGCGCUCCAUGGCGCAGUGGCUCUGCACGCUGCCUGUGCACAACUUCAGCGCCAGCACCCAGGGCACCGCCAGUCCAGACACCCAGGUCCCCGGCAGUGAAGAGGAUGAAGACAGUGACUGAGCACGGUUGCAGGACACAGGACCCAAGCGCCUUGUGUACAACCCCUGCUAUUCACCACCUCACAGAGACUUAUUUUUCUAGCAUCAACUUUCUUAUUAAACCCACUCUGCGUAGCCA